GCUGUUUCUUGGCCACAGGAUAUCCUCAGAAAUUCUCUGAAUAUUCUCCAUGCCGUCACAACCAAAUGCACUCUGUUUACAGUUCAAGCAUAGGUGGAAAUGACAAGCGUUACUGUGAAAUUGGAUUUAGCUUCACCAUCUCUCAGUCUGGGCAGGUGAUGCUUGGCGCACCAGGUGGAUAUUACUUCACAGGUUUGUUCUAUUCAGUUGCCCUCUCAGAGGUUGAAGCAAAAUAUCCUAAUUCAUCUUCUACUAUGUUGUGGUCCGUGAAUUCUGAACUGGUAACACAGGAUUAUAGAAUGAAGAAAUAUGAAGAUGGAUAUCGGGGUUACUCUGUGGCUUUUGGGGAGUUUAAUGAAGACUCAACAUCACCAGAAUAUGUAGUGGGCAUUCCUAAUGUGAGACUGACACAAGGAGGGGUGGAAAUUCUUACCAGGAUUCUUACCCGUAAAUUCCGCAUUCUCUGGACUAUCUCCAGUGAGCAGGUGGCAUCAUAUUUUGGGCAUACAGUGGCAGUUGCUGAUAUCAAUGGAGAUGGGAAAGAUGACAUUUUAGUGGGUGCCCCUCUUUUCAUGGAGCGCCGCUCAGAUGGGAAACUCUAUGAAGUGGGAAGAGUUUACUUAUACCUACAGUGGAGGAGCCCAAACCCUUACACAACUCCUUGGCAGAAGUUGACUGGCACAGAUAUCUAUGGCCGUUUCGGCAUGGCUAUUGCUCCUUUGGGUGAUAUAGAUCAGGAUGGCUACAUUGACAUAGCCAUAGGAGCACCCUUUGCGGGCCAAGAUGGAGGUGGCCAGGUUUACAUCUAUCGUGGGCACAGUGAAGGACUGAGCGCAUCUCCAAGCCAAAUCCUCAAGAGUCCUUUUUCUGAGUCUGCUGGUUUUGGCUUUGCCAUCCGUGGAGCCUCUGACAUUGAUUUUAAUGGCUAUCCUGAUGUGCUAGUUGGUGCUUUCAGAGCCAACAAGGUAGCUGUCUACAGAGCUCAGCCAAUGAUUAGACUCAAAGCCCACCUUUCCAUACCUGAAGUUCUUGAUUCAGAAAUGAAAACAUGUCCAGGAGCACAGGCCAGCUGCUUCAACAUCCAGAUGUGUGUAGGGAUGUUGGGAAAGAACAUUCCAUCAGAAAUUGAGCUAAAUGCAGAGCUACAGCUGGACCAUAUGAAGCAGAAAUUUGGGAGGCGGGUUUUAUUGCAGCAAACCAACCAACCAAGCCAGUUAUUCCAACUGAAGUUGUCCAAAAGAAUUCCCCUGACUUGUAAGAAUGUUACGGCUUAUUUACGGGAUCAAGCUGAUUUCAAAGACAAGCUGAGUGCCAUUGUUGUGAGCCUCAACUUCAGUUUGACAUUCUUCUCCAGAGCUGGAAUUCUGCAACCUAUUCUGUCUGGCCAAUUGAUGGUCCAGGAACAGACCCGCAUCAUUCUAGAUUGUGGAGAAGACAACAUCUGCAUUCCAGAUCUCAAACUCUCUGCUCACACGAAUGAAGCUUUCCUACUUAUUGGGGCUGAGAAUGUGGUUCUCAUCCAGAUUACAGCAACUAAUGCUGGCGAAGGAGCCUAUGAAACUGAGUUACUGGUGGAACUGCCAUUUGGGGCUUACUUCCAAAGAGCUAACAGCAGUGCACAGAAACUGAUCUGUAAUUUCCGCAAGGAGAAUGAAACCCAAUUGGUGUCUUGUGAAGUGGGCAACCCAAUGAAAUCCCACACAGAGAUCAAACUGGAUUUGGAACUAAGUGUCAGCCAGUUAGAAGAUGCUAAUAGUAGCAUUGUCUUUGUGCUACAACUCAAGAGGUAACACUCAGCCAUGUU